UCUUAAGCACCUUCCUCAUCUCUCUUCCAGGCAUGGAGGCUUGGAGGGAGUACCGGUUUGGGUUUCAGGGAACAAAAAAUCCUCCUGCCUCAUUUCCACUCAGGUUUAAGUUAAGGACCACCGAAUGCUUUAGUUUGGAUUUUCUGGCAGGUUCUGGAAAGUCCAUGCGUCCCUUGAGUUUGGCAAGAGAAAAGGCCGGUGGUUCUCCCAGUCCAAGGAACCGCAAGAGUCCUCCGAGUACGAAUCACCCUCCAGAACACAGCCACGGCCUGCACCUGUGGGUCAUGCACCGCCCCCAUGUGCGACGUGGAAUUGGGAGGGAUGAAGAAGGAGCCCGUCAGCGAAGGCCAGUCGGGGCCCGCCGAGCCUCACUGGUUUGAGCGGAACGUGCAGCCCUGCCUGGCGGAGGCGGUCGGUUCCGCCCUCUUCGUCUUCAUCGGGUGCCUGUCCGUCAUCGAGAACGCGGACGGGACGGGCAGGCUGCAGCCGGCCCUGGCGCACGGACUGUCCCUUGGCCUCAUCAUCGCCAUUUUGGGAAACAUCAGUGGUGGCCACUUCAACCCAGCCGUUUCCUUGGCAGCCAUGCUGAUUGGAGGAUUGAAUUUCAUGAUGCUCUUCCCUUACUGGAUCUCACAGCUUUGCGGAGGGCUGAUAGGAGCUGCUUUGGCAAAGGUGGUGAGCACAGAGGACCGAUUUCUGAACGCCUCGGGAGCAGCUUUCGGGACGAUCAGCGCGGACGAACAGGUGGGAGGGGCGCUGCUGGCAGAGACCAUCAUGACGCUCUUUCUGAUCCUGGCCGUCUGCAUGGGAGCCAUCAACGAGAAAACCAAGAGCCCGCUGGCCCCGUUCUGUAUUGGAUUCACUGUCGGGGCCGACAUUUUGGCCGGCGGGGCUAUAUCGGGAGCCUGUAUGAAUCCCGCCAGAGCCUUUGGACCCGCGGUGAUGGCCAACUACUGGGACUACCACUGGGUCUACUGGGUCGGCCCCUUGAUGGCCAGCCUGAUUGCGGCAGUGCUAAUAAGAUUCUUCAUCGGGGACAGAAAAAUUCGCCUGUUCUUGAAAUGA